UUCUACCUUGACAUGGCGCCACCUUUCAGUCACCAUGGUGGCAUACAACAGAUCGGCACAGUGGAAGCGGCGUUGGAGCUGACGCGCGUCGCACUUUUCCUAGAGUCCGAAAGCCGAGCACCAUGUUUCGUCCGUGAGUGGCUCGGCCUCUGAAAAAACAAAACAAAAGGAAAACAAAAAAAUGGGCACCGAUUUAUUGUCGGCGGGUUAGGCUUUCGAGCUCCACUCCCCCCUCCUUUUUGUCUUUCUUGGUCGCAACUAGCAGAAUGGCGUUGGUGAACAGUACAUAAAAAGGGAGGCGAACUGAGUCAAGAGCAAGUUCGGCGACCCUUGGUUGUCGCGCUACCGAGCACCAGGCAGAAGCCAGGAAUCCAAGCCGGGGCAGAGUGCUUGUACGAAGGUUGAAGCAGGGUCCGUUGGCCAGGGGCUCCGGGGCACUCCCAAAGCCUCCAGCCCCGUUCGUCUCUUCGGGCAGACGGCCAAGCGGGUCUCGGAUCCCGGAGGAGGAGGCGGCUUUUCGUUAUCUUUCUGUCCACCCUGUCUUCUUUUUGGAGAUAAAUUGACAUUCUGAACAGGAUUAAAACACCGUCUACUUCCAAGACGAUGAAAAUGGCGUCCUAUGUGGAUAACAGCUUUCGGGAUGCUGUGAUGAUGAACCCGGCGGACAGGACGCAACAGGACCUGGAGAUCGUCUACUCCUACCUCCAUGGAAUGGAGGCUUUGUCCAACCUGCGGGAGCAUCAACUCAGGAUCAUGUGCGAGACGGUGCGCUAUGAGAGACACGAAGCCAACGAAGUACUCUACUACCCUGAUGACAUUGGAAGCUGCUGGUACAUCCUUUUGUCAGGUUCCGUGUUCAUCAAGGAGUCCAUGUUCUUGCCCAGGAGCAGUUUUGGCAAGAGAUCGGCAGGCAGCCUGAGGCGUGGAUGUGAGUGCAUCGUCCUGGAACCCUCAGAGAUGAUUGUGGUGGACUAUAUGGAUGAGAAUGAGGAGUACUUCCAGAGACAAGCCUCGCACCGCCAAUCCCGCCGCCGCUUCCGGAAGAUCAACCAGAAAGGGGAGCGGCAGACCAUUAUCGACACGGUGGAUCCGUACCCUGCCGGGAAGCCGCCCAUAGCCCGGGGGUACCACACGGAAUGCAAUAAGCUGCCCGCAGACUUCAGCCGACUUCACCUGGCCGACGGCUUACACCCACAGGUGACGCACGUGUCCUCCAGUCACUCGGGGUGUAGUAUCACCAGCGACUCCGGAAGCAGCAGCUUGUCUGAUAUUUAUCAGGCCACCGAGAACGAACCAGGCGACAUGGACUUGAGCGGCCUGCCUGAGACGGCUGUCGACUCUGAAGAGGACGACGACGAGGAGGACAUCGAGCGAGCGUCAGACCCACUCAUGAGCCGGGACAUUGUUCGAGACUGCCUGGAGAAGGACCCCAUGGACAGGACGGACGAUGACAUAGAACAAUUACUGGAGUUCAUGCAUCAGCUGCCAGCCUUUGCCAACAUGACCAUGUCGGUACGGCGUGAACUGUGCGCCGUCAUGGUCUUCGCCGUGGUUGAGCGCGCCGGUACCAUUGUUCUCAACGACGGCGAGGAGCUUGAUUCUUGGUCAGUGAUCUUGAACGGCUCGGUGGAGGUGACAUACCCCGAGGGGCGCACGGAGAUCCUGUGCAUGGGCAACAGUUUCGGGGUGUCGCCGACUAUGGAGAAGGAGUACAUGAAGGGGGCCAUGAAGACCAAAGUGGACGAUUGCCAGUUUGUGUGCAUAGCCCAGCAGGACUACUGCUGCAUCCUGAACCAGGUGGAGAAGAACAUGCAGAAGGUGGAGGAGGAAGGCGAGAUCGUCAUGGUCAAGGAACACCGAGAACUCGAUCGAACUGGCACCAGGAAAGGACACAUUGUCAUCAAGGGCACUUCGGAGCGACUGACCAUGCACCUGGUAGAGGAGCACUCAGUGGUGGACCCCACCUAUAUCGAAGACUUCCUUUUGACGUACAGGACCUUCCUGUCCAGCCCCAUGGUGGUGGGCAAGAAGCUGCUGGAGUGGUUCCAUGACCCCAGUCUCAGGGAUAAGGUGACACGGGUGGUCUUGCUGUGGGUGAACAACCACUUCAACGACUUCGAGGGUGACGCCGCCAUGACUCACUUUCUGGAGGAGUUUGAAAACAACCUGGAGAGAGAAAAAAUGUGCGGCCACCUGCGGCUAUUGAACAUCGCGUGCGCUGCCAAAGCCAAACCCCGCAUGGUGACGCUGACGAAAGCGUCCAGGGAGGCUGACCUCGCCUUCAGCCUGCUGGGAGGACAAGACAAAGGCUUCAGGGUCUUCAUCGACACUGUGGAGGCUGGGAGCAAGGCGGCAGAGGCAGGGCUCAAGAGAGGGGAUCAGAUCUUGGAGGUGAAUGGGCAGAACUUUGAGAAUGUCCAACUCAGUAAAGCCAAUGAGAUACUGAAGAACAACACGCACUUGUCCAUAACUGUGAAAACCAACCUUUUAGUGUUUAAAGAGCUGCUAACCAGGCCCGAGCAGGAGCUCCACAGCGACGUCGACGGUGAAGACGAGCAUGACCGGAAGAAUGGCGCGCCACACCUGCCCAAGAUCGGCGACAUCAAAAAAGCCAGCCGCUACUCCAUACCUGACCUGGCUGUCGAUGUGGAGCAAGUGAUGGGCCUGGAGAAGGCCAGCAAGAAGGUCAAGAGCAACUCGGUGGGCGGACGCAACAAGCUCAAGAAAAUCUUUGACAAGACGCUCACCAGCAUCCUGCCUCCCAAACCUUACAACGACGUGUGCGUGGGCCAGUCGCAGGAUGACAGCAUCGUGGGCAUGAAGCAGUCCAAGCAGAUCCCACCGGCGCUGCCCGUCAGCGGCAACCUAUCCUCGUCCAACCCCGACCUGCUCCAGUCCCACCACCGCAUCCUCGACUUUAACAACCAGCCUGUGCCGGUCAACCUAAAUAUGUCCGAUCAGGUGCUGCGGGUUUUUAAGGCAGACCAGCAGUCGCGUUACAUUAUGAUCGGCAAGGACACCACGGCCAAGGAGGUGGUGGCCCAGGCCAUCCGUGAGUUUGCUCUGACGGCCGCACCCGAGGCCUACUCGCUGUGCGAGGUGUCGGUCACACCUGAGGGUGUCAUUAAGCAGAGGCGGCUGCCCGACCAGCUCUCCAAGCUGGCAGACAGGAUACAGCUGAGCGGCAGGUACUACCUGAAGAGCAACAUGGAGACGGAGACACUGUGCUCGGACGAGGAUGCCCAGGACCUCCUCCGCGAGGGCCAGAUUUCUCUGCUGCAGCUCAGCACAGUGGAGGUGGCCACACAGCUGUCCAUGCGCGCCUUCCAACUCUUCUGCGCCAUCGAGCCCACCGAGUACAUCGACGACCUGUUCAAGUUGCGCCCCAGGUCAUGCGCCGCCGCCAGCCUCAAGCGAUUCGAGGAGGCCAUCAACCACGAGACCUUCUGGGUGGCCACCGAGGUCACACGGGAGCCCAACCAGCUCAAGCGCAUGAAGACCGUCAAGCACUUCAUCAAGAUUGCACUGCACUGCCGCGAGUGCAAGAAUUUCAACUCCAUGUUUGCCAUCAUCAGCGGUUUGAACUUGGCUCCUGUCUCUCGCCUUCGAGGAACUUGGGAGAAGCUGCCCAGCAAGUAUGAGAAACUCUUUGGCGACCUGCAGGACUUGUUCGACCCCUCCAGGAACAUGGCCAAGUACCGAAACGUCCUCAACAGCCAGAACCUGCAACCGCCAAUCAUCCCGCUCUUCCCCGUCAUCAAGAAGGACCUCACCUUCCUCCAUGAAGGUAACGACUCGAAAGUUGACGGCCUGGUGAACUUCGAGAAGCUGCGAAUGAUCGCCAAAGAGAUCCGCCAUGUGGGCCGCAUGGCCUCGGUCAACAUGGACCCCAACCUCAUGUUCAGGACAAGGAAGAAGAAGUGGAGAAGUUUAGGCUCCCUCAGUCAAGGCAGUGCCAAUGCGGCCGUGCUGGACGUGAACCAGACGGGCGGCCACAAGAAGCGCGUGCGCCGCAGCUCCUUCCUCAAUGCCAAGAAGCUGUACGAGGAUGCCCAGAUGGCACGCAAGGUCAAGCAGUAUCUGGCCAACCUCAGCCUGGAGACCAAUGAGGAGAGCCUGCAGACGCUCUCGUUGCAGUGCGAGUCCUCCGUCAGUACACUGCCCAAGAACUCGGGGGUCCGCCGCGCAGACACGUCCCCCGUGGUGUCCAGAGCAGCCAGCCAGCAAAGGGGACAGCUGGCCAAAGGCUCCCAGGCCCUGCAGGUGCCCGCCGUGGCCCUGUACCCAUCACGCAAGAAGGUGCCCGUCAAGGACCUGCCUCCCUUUGGCACCAGCUCCCCGCAGUCUCUGAAGAAGAUCCUGUCUCUGUCGGAAGAGGCCAGUGAGCGUCAUCGCAGGCAUCCUGACGACUCCACGGUGUCCAACGCCUCCUCGCAGCUCCCCUCGCCGCCUGGCUCACCGCAGAGCUCCCCCAAGAAGGGUUACAACCGUAUGGGCGACUCGUACUCGGACUGCAGUCAGAGUGAAAUGUCGUCUCGCUCCAGCCUUCUCAGCAACUUGUCCUUUGAGGACGAGCGGCGGUUGAGGCAUUCGGGGGGCGUCGCAGAGUCCCAUGUGGGUGUAGCACGCCUAGAACGGCGGGCCGCCACCGAUCCCGAUCAGUACAGCCUAGGGUCGUAUACGUCGAUGCAGGAUUGUCGGGGCAUCUACGCGGGCUGCCCCACGGUGCUGUCGUCCCCCAGCUCUGAGGAGCUGACCCAGGACCAGGGCGAUCGCAUGUCGCUGGACGCGGCCGACAGCGGGCGUGGCUCCUGGACAUCCUGCUCAUCCGGUUCCCACGACAACAUCCAGACAAUGCAGCAGGGCCGCAGCUGGGAGACGCUGGCCUUUGGCGGGGGGCUUCCGCCUGCUGGCGGUCCGGAGGCCCUGCUUUGGGCAGCGCAGGCGCGGGGCAGUUGGGCGUCGGCCGGCUCCUCAUCAUCAUCGUCCGCCGCCUACUGGGGUGAGGACUCGGAGGGAGACACAGGCACCAUCAAGAGGCGUGGCGGCAAGGAUGUCAACGCCGACCCCGAGACCAGCAGCAUCACAUCCUCCGGGUCCGAGGACGCCAAGCAGAUGGGGCGGCCCUCGCCCUCGCCCAUCACUGCCGCCUGUAAAGGACUCAUCUCUCGGAAAGAGGGGCGGUAUCGCGAACCUCCCCCGACGCCGCCCGGCUAUACGGCGCUGACCAUCUCUGACCUGGCGGAUGGCCAGACGCCAUCCCCUCCAGGCCCUAAUUCGACCACGUCUGCGACGCCAACGCCGUCGAGCCGCCGUCCACCUGACUACACCACGGCGCUGCAGCGCUCCCGCAUGGUCACACAGUCCCCCGACUCGCAGGCCCACCAAACGGCAUCCAAACAGAGAGGCAACGGCCUCCGGCGUGGCCGGAACGACGAAGAGGACGACGAGGCGGCGGCGGAAGAGGAGGAUGAGGAGGAGGAUGACGAGCAGGUGUCGGCUGUCUGAGGCAAAAAAAAAAAAAAAUCUCUUCGCCGUCCCUCCAAGCGACCAAUAGACUCUCAUCAUCAAGCUACGUAUGUGCCUGCUCUGCCUCCUGAUUGGUGGAUUCCUCCCGUUGGCUCCCCCCCGCGCCUUAAAGCAUUAUGGGGGUUGACGGACCCUGCAUGCAAAAAAACUCAAGAAAAUACUGUGAAGAAGAUGAUGAUGAUGAUGAUGCGUUGAAAGAUGACAUGCCUGGCACUUUUUGGACAAUAUAAAGACAUUUUUAAAAAUGAAAACAACAAUGCUGACAUCCAUCUGCACUAAAAAGUACAAAAAAAAACAGAAGCAGCAGACAUUUUGAGAACUCUUUAAUCAAAGUCUUUUGCACUCCUGACCUGCUCUCCAGGAGAUCGGAACAAUGACGCCAGUAUUAACACACACAAAAACAAAAAGGACAAAACACACACACACACACGCACACACAUUUGACGAGCACUUUCAGCACAAAACCUAGUGGACGCCAAGCUCGUGGACGCCAGGGUAACGAUGACGGGGCGGGAUCACGUCAUCGUCUGUGGGGACGCCGGUUGGCAUCCGAAAAGCACAACAAUAACAAAAAUGUGGGGAUCUUAAAAAAAAAAAAAAAAGCCAGGAUGUGGCGCCUUGAGGACUAGAAAGUUGUCAGUCAUGGCCCUCGUUGACAUUCAAAAGUUAUGUUUGUGUGAAUGUCCAAAGCGCCUUAGGACUGCACAUUCAUCCCACAACGCCCACCCAAACUUCAACAAGCAGAGUGAAAAGCCUUAUGACUCAACGCUUCCUCUACAUCAUCCUGCCCUGAAACAAACACAUACACAUAUACAUGCACACAAACAAAAUUGGACAUCGCCGCGGUCCGCAAAACUAGGACUUGACUGAAGGACUUUUUGUUGUUGUUGUUGUUGUUUUUGUAGACUUUGGUGGCGAAGGAAUGGAAUAAAAUAAAAGCUAAAUAAGGCUGCCGAAAAGGUCGAUGCCGAGGAGUGUUAGAGCCACACAGGAAUGAGAACCUAAAUAAAUCAAUCUUAGCUGCAAAUAACGGUUAUAUUAAUGAUCUAAUGAUCGAUGAAUUAAUUGGUCGGAUUUUUUUUUCUUCCUUUGACUAAGCUGUCAAUCGAUGAAUCUGAUAGAAAAAAGAAAAAGCAUUUCCAUCCCUUCCUUGAAAAACAGGACAUUUCAAAUUGACACUGCAGAAAACACCCAUUAACGAUUAUUCAGAUACUAUAGUUUGGUCCGUAAUGACUCAGAAAAUAG